CUAUAUAUACUAGCGUGACUCCCUACACCUCGUCCACUCUGUGUUCUCCAGUCUUCGUUCAUUCAGGUUCAAAUAUAAACACCGACUCUCUAAGUUAAUUCAGAUUUAAAUGUGAACACCGACCCUCAGUAAAAUCUAUCCCCGCUAACAUGGCAAUUUAACGGCGUGCAGCGGCUCUCCUGCAUUGGCAAUAACCCGGCUGUGCAAAGGCAAAGUGCACUGGCUAUUUCUGGCAACAUGGCGUCUCUCUCGGCAAUCACCCUCAGCUUUGCUGCCGUCGACAGCAGGCCCGACCGCCUCCACUCGAUACCGGACUCCUUUUUAUUUCUAUUCUCCCUGAAAACCCAGAGCAGCCGCGAUGACGCUCUGCCUGGCCUUGGAGGACGUGGAGGCCCUGAACUUAGGGCCCUCCUUUCUGACGGCUGACCCCAUGGGGCCCCUUCUGGACCAUGAAGACGAAGAAGCUCUCUCUCCCUCCUGCUAUCUAGAGGGGAAGGCUCCAGCUUCGCCCCCCCUCUCUUUCUCUUCCUCCCCUCCCCCCUCCCACGCCUCUCUGUUCCUGGGUACCAAAGCCUCCGAGGACCCCCUCGCCUGGCUGCUCCACGCCCCGACAGGAGCAGAGCACUGCAGCGAUGAUGCGUUCGCUGGCAUGGACUGGAUGUCGGAGAAAAUCGACCUGAGUGAGUUGGACCUGGAGUCUCUGAUUGGCUCUGACGACUCCCGCGAGGAGCUGCUGGCCUCCCUGGACCCCCACAUGGACCUGGACGCCUUCCACUCCUCCCUCCCUCUGCCCUUGGACCCCCACCUGGACGCCUUCCACUCCUCCCGCCCUCUGCCCCUGGACCCCCACCUGGACGUCUUCCACUCCUCCCUCCCUCUGCCCCUGGACCCCCACCUGGACGUCUUCCACUCCUCCCUCCCUCUGCCCCUGGACCCCCACGCCUUCCACUCCUCCCUCCCUCUGCCUCUGGACCCCCACCUGGACGCCUUCCACUCCUCCCUCCCUCUGCCUCUGGACCCCCACCUGGAGGAGGAGGUGGUGCUGAAGUCCGAGCCCCCCUCCCCUGCUUUCACCCUGGACCUGGGGAGUGAAGAGGACGUCCUGGAUGUCCUCUCCUCCCCCGUUGUACUCCCCUCUCCUCCCUCCUCAGGCCACAUGUUGGUAGUGAACGCUCUCUCCGAUCAGCCAAUCAAAACCUCUCCUCCAUCCAGCGACUGUGAGAGCGACUCAGGCAUCGAGUCCUUCACCGACUCCCCCCCUCGCCUCCUUUCUUCUCCUCCAACUCCAACGCUUCCCUCUUCCUCCAGGACCAAGCCGUACUCUAAAAAACCAGAACCUUCCUCCUCUUCCUCCUCCUCCAUCUCCAUCAAAAUGAAGUCGGUGUCCGGCGCUCCCAAGGUGGUGGAGAAGAAGCUGAAGAAGAUGGAGCAGAACAAGACGGCGGCCACUCGUUACCGGCAGAAGAAGCGGGUGGAGCAGGACCUUGUGAGCGAGGAGUGCGAGGAGCUGAUGAAGAAGAACGAAGCUCUGGAGGAGAGAGCGGAGGCCAUCAGCCGGGAGAUCAGGUACCUGACGGAGCUGAUGGAGGAGGUCCGGCGGCGCCGCAACAAGAGCAAGGCUCUGUGAAGAGCGGCCGGGGGGGUUUAUAGCCAUCGCUACAACCAAAGGGUUCCUCAGGAGAUACAGUCGGGGGAAGGUCCCUCAGCUCCCACAAUGCACCUCUGCACUAACCGUUUGCCGUUCCCUCGCUUCAGUGAACCCCCUUCUCAAGAGCUUCAAGUCCAGAAAGGGCCUCGACACCUCCACCAGUCCCUGAUGUUAAACUGCGUGCGUGUGUGUGUGUGUAUAUAGUGUUUCCUCCUGUGCUGCAGAUAUAGAAGCUCCUGUUAUUGAUCGCAGGGUAAUCCUGAUCGUGCUGCUGAUCGCCUUGUAAAAAUGCUUUGCUCCUCUUUUCUAAUAAAUAUCUUUCAGUGCUCA